UUUCUUUCUUUCCUCGGUUUGGGAUCUUGCUACCGGAGCCGGGAGAGGUUCGGAGAAGAGAAGAGCGAGGGACCGGAGUGCAGGCUUCCGCUGCAGCGCGCGAACGGAGCUGGGGUGCUGCGUCUCCCGCGUCCGCUCCCGGCCCUCGCCGCCCCGGCUAGGGCGUGAAGAAGGGAAGCCCUCGAAGGAGCCCACGGUUGGAGUCCCUCUGCCCGCAGCGCCACGGGACCCGGGCGGCGACGCAGGCGGCCCGGGGGCCGGCUCCCGGCUCCCAUUCCUCUGAAAGAGCGCGGCGGGGAUCGCGUCUUCCCGGCGCUCGGCACAACUCCGCGGCCAGCAGCGCGCGGCUGGACCAAGUCCGCUUCCCGCCGACUCGCCGAGUGCGGGCAGUACCUGCACGCCCGCCGGCACUCCCCGUGGCCCGACCUCCUGGGCACCUGCGCCGACCCCCACGCCAGGCGCUGAAACCCCGGCUCCCCGCAGCGCCCCGGACCCGAUGGAGAGCGCGCGGGCCGCGGCUUCUUGAGUGCGGGUGCCGCCGCCGUCCAAACUGCGCGCUGGGGUCCCCCGGCUGCCCCCUCUUCGGGGCAUCCGAGAAGCCGGGGAAGAGCGCACCAUGAAGUCCGUGCUGUUCAGCCGAUUCUUCAUCCUCCUGCCCUGGGUCCUGAUCGUCAUCAUCAUGCUCGACGUGGACACCCGCAGGCCAGCGCCCCCGCUCACCCCGCGCCCCUACUUUUCUCCCUACGCUUUGGGCCGCGGGGGCGCCCGACCCCCGCUCCGCAGGGGCGGCCCCGGGCGCGGCUCGGAAAAGCGCAACGAGUCGCGGCCGCAGCUGCAGCCGCAGCCGCCUCUGCCCACCAUCUAUGCCAUCACGCCCACCUACAGCCGCCCGGUGCAGAAAGCCGAGCUGACCCGCCUGGCCAACACCUUCCGCCAGGUGGCGCAGCUGCACUGGAUCCUGGUGGAGGACGCGGCGGCGCGCAGCGAGCUGGUGAGCCGCUUCCUGGCGCGGGCCGGCCUGCCCUGCACGCACCUGCACGUGCCCACGCCGCGGCGCUACAAGCGGCCGGGGCUGCCGCGCGCCACGGAGCAGCGCAACGCCGGCCUCGCCUGGCUGCGCCAGAGGCACCAGCACCAGCGCGCGCAGCCCGGCGUGCUCUUCUUCGCCGACGACGACAACACCUACAGUCUGGAACUCUUCCAGGAGAUGCGAACCACACGCAAGGUCUCUGUCUGGCCAGUGGGCCUGGUUGGCGGGCGACGCUAUGAACGUCCGUUGGUGGAAAAUGGCAAAGUCGUUGGUUGGUACACCGGCUGGAGAGCAGACAGGCCUUUUGCCAUCGACAUGGCAGGAUUUGCUGUAAGCCUUCAAGUCAUCUUGUCCAAUCCAAAAGCUGUAUUUAAGCGCCGUGGAUCCCAGCCAGGGAUGCAAGAAUCUGACUUUCUAAAACAGAUAACAACUGUUGAAGAACUGGAACCGAAAGCAAAUAACUGCACGAAGGUCCUUGUGUGGCACACUCGCACAGAGAAGGUCAAUCUAGCCAACGAGCCCAAGUACCACCUGGACACAGUGAAGAUCGAGGUGUAACUGGGAGCAGCAGUGGGUGUGGAAGAGGA